GUUAAUUGUUAUAAAUAACACACUCAAAACGAAACAUCCUACAGGAACUCUCCUCCUUCCUUGCAAAAUAAAACACACCCCAUUUUUCUUCCCUGCACAUAUAAAGCUUGAAAAAAAGAAGCCAUUAAUUGAAAAGAGAAGCAACUAAAGAGAGAGAGAGAUGGGAAGGUCACCAUGCUGCGAGAAAGCUCACAUGAACAAAGGAGCUUGGACUAAAGAAGAAGAUCAGCUUCUCGUUGAUUACAUCCGCAAACACGGCGAAGGUUGCUGGCGUUCUCUCCCUCGAGCCGCCGGAUUACAGAGAUGUGGUAAGAGUUGUAGGUUGAGAUGGAUGAAUUAUCUAAGACCAGAUCUCAAGAGAGGUAAUUUCACUGAGGAAGAAGACGAACUCAUCAUCAAACUCCACAGCUUAUUUGGUAACAAAUGGUCGUUGAUUGCUGGGAGAUUACCAGGAAGAACAGACAACGAGAUCAAAAACUAUUGGAACACUCAUAUCAAGAGGAAGCUUCUCAGCCGUGGGAUCGACCCAAACACUCACCGUUCGAUCAACGGAUCUGCAACCCCUCCUUCCAAAACAACGACUCCGUCUCUUCAAAACGACGAGCCGGUACGAUUCGAUUUCUCCGGACCGGAUCAACAACGGACGGUUAAACCGGAACCGAUGGUACUAGACCGAGAAGAGGCUAAUAAUAACAUUAAUAACUGCACCAGCAGCGGAACGACAUUGGAGAAGGAUAUUCGGACAGACAAUGAUUGGGUACUCAAUUUGGAACUCUCCGUUGGUCCAGCGACGACCAAGAGUUAUCGGUACGAGUUGACUCGCAAAGCGCAUCCUGACUUGGCCGAGUCCACUCGGCGGUGGGGCUUUGAGUUGUUAGGGGCUCAGUCUGAGAUGUGUUUGUGUUGUCGGAUAGGGUCUCACAACGAGUCGUGUCGGAACUGUCGUACUUCCGAUAUUUUAACUACUUGGGAAUCGAAAAUUAUUUAGGAUUUUAUUUAUUUACCAGUUCGAUUUGUGUU